AUGUACCGCGGGUUAAAUUUUAGUAUCAAUAAUAUAAGGAAACGAUCUUGGGUUCGGCUUUGCAAUAUUCCUGUCAAUGAUUAUACGAAAGAGACGAUUAAGGAAAUUGCUGCUUGUGUUGGGGAGCUGUUAAAGGUGGAGUUAGAUUUGGAGAAAUCUCAAGCUCAAGAUUAUGUGAGAGUUCAAGUGCUUUUUGAUGUUCGAAAUCCAUUGCGUAACUCUAAGGAAGUGCAAGUACCUAUAGGUGAAGUGGUUUCAGUUACUUUUGAUUAUGAGCGUAUUCGAAAGAGAUGUUUCUUUUGCCAAAUAUUUACUCAUGACAAAUUUGACUGUCCCAGCCGUCAACAAGGAAGUCUGCAACUUCCUAGUGCGAGUUUAAAGAAGUGUUUACCUGAGAGAGUGAUGGUUGAUCAGCUUAUUAAUCCCUUGGUGGGAAUGGAUUUUAAUGAUACCCAGGCAGAUAAAAAUGAGAAAGAGAUUUCUGGAGGUGUGUUUAAACAGAAAAAUGUAGUAGUUCAAGCUCCUAUGAUUUCUCCUUCACGCUCACCAAAGUUUAUUAUGUUACCUGAUGAAUUGAAAGGAUACUCUCACAGGCACAUCAAUCACAAAUGUUGCAAGUCACUAUGGGGUAGCCCUGUUCUGAUUAUCUUAAUCUGGAUUUCUCGUCGGGCUUUAACUCUAUUGAUCAAGCUUGUUCUUCAGGUUUGA